UCUUUAAUAAUACCAAAUGAAAAUGAUCGGUGUUAUUUAGAUUUCUAUUUUAUUUUCCCAAUUAAAAAGAGCAAAAAUAAAUAAUUAUUUUUAAAUGGAAAUGUUGCCAAACAUUCGAAAAUAUGUCAAACAUAUGUCUACGAAUGUUUGCAUUUAGAACCUAACAAACAUCACAACUGUACAGAAAAUAUACAAAAUUUUUUGUUCUUUUGCCCGUUUCAACAUAAACCACUCAACUAACACCAUAAUGAGCGAUAUUCCAUCAUUUAAAAACCUGAACGCUCAGAAACAUAGGAAGGGAAGUCAGUAUCAAAAACAAUACAAAACCAAAGCUUCUGGCUCAACUAAGGGUGCUGAACAGGGCAAAUCCAAAUCAAUAGUACCAGCAGCAUCAAAACUCCCUUCUAACUGGGAAAAAUAUGAAAGGAAUAUUGAUGAGACCUUAGAAUCUCCACCACAAGUUGUUAGCAUGGAUAUUAACACACUAUCAUUACUACCUACCUCCAAUAGCCAGUUCCAACUUAAACAAGACAAAGUAUUUCUGCCCAGACAUGACAACAAAUUCAACCCUGGAGAGAUAUUUGAACUGGACAUGAUUCUGAUUAGUUUAAGUUUAGCCACAAUUCCUUUCUACAACAGGAUGAAUCUGGACCCAUCAUUGUUAACAGAUGCCGAAAUACAAGCCAUGAAUAGAAAAGCCAUCGACGCAAACUCAGUCUACCACAACUACUUGGCAAAGCAAACAGGCUUGGAUGAUACUGCUUGCUUUAAACCAGGAGCACCUACUGGCGUUGUUUCAAAGGAAGAUAUAAUCAGUAGCUGUGACGAGGUGGAAAUUCGUAUGGACGAGUUAGAUCAGGAGAAUACUGUUGCAUCGCCACCGGUUUCACCACAGAAGGACUUGGAAGAGAAAGAAUUAGAGGAUUGGUUGAACAAUAUGAUAUAGGAUAGUGUUUAUACCACUGGACAUUGCUGUGUGGGAGUAAAUUAUUUUUCAAACGAGA